AUGCUAUUUCUUUCAUCUCGCGCGAAAUCGUCAAACUCGCGUUUGAACCGUGCCUUUGCUACCAUCGCCGCUCACUCGUCGCUAUCGCGCUCGCCUUUCACUACAACGCUCCUGAUCACCCUCUCGGUUUCCCCUCCCAUUCCGUCGCCCUCCUCUUCUCACGUUCUUUGGCCCUCGCUCUCGAUUUCUCUGCUCUCCUCCCUUGGCUCUCACUUUCUCCUCUCCUCCCGUCCCUCUCACUUUCUCGGCUCUCCUCCCGUCGCUCUCAAUUUCUCCGCUCUCCUCCCGUCGCUCUCACCUUCUCCGCUCCUCCCGUCGCUCUCACUUCCUCUGCUCACCUCCCGUCGCACUCAUGUUCUCCGUUCUCCUCCCGUCCCUCUCAUUUUCUCCGCUCUCCUCCCGCCCAUUUCCCUUCUCGUCAAGUCACCCUCGUCCUUUCCCGUCCCGUCCAGUCACCCUUGUCCUUUCCCUUCCCAUCCCUCUCCUCCCGCCAGUUUCCCUUCUCAUUCCGUCGCUUUCGUCCUUUCCCUUCCCGUCCCGUCGCUUUCGUCCUUUCCCUUCCGUACCGUCGCUUUUUUCUUUUCCCUUCCCGUCUCGUCCUACCGUCUUUCUGGUGUUCUUCGCUCCCCUCCCAUCGCCCUCGAUUUCUCCGCCCCCCUCCCAUUACCCUCGCUGUCGCCUCUCCCUUCCCAUUGCCUUCCCUCCCCCCGUAUUUCCCCUUCCCUUACCCGUCGCUCCCUUCCUGUCGCUCUUUCUCACGUCGCUCUCUCCUCGUCACUCUCUGUAACUCUCCCCUCCCUUCCAGUCGCGUCACAAUUCUCAUCGUCCCCUCCCUCUCACUCCUCUCGCCUCCCCUCCGAAACACCCUCACGUCGCCCACCCCGUGUCUUUCCUCGCUUCCCAUCGCCUCCGCGCUCUCCCGUCCCGUCCCGUCGCCCUCGUGCCUUCCCUCCCGCUCCCGCGCUUUCGCACUCGCCCAUCCCAUGGCUUCCCGUCGCCCUCGUGAUCUUCCUUCCCGUCGCCUUCGCGCUCGCCCUGAAACGCCCAAUCACGCCCUGCCUCUCUCCCUCCCAUCACCCACCUCGCCGGCCUCGACCUCGCCACGAAAUGCCCUCUCAUCUUCUUUUCAUCUCUCACCUCCCAUCCAGUCGCCCUCCUCACGUUAUCCGUCGUCCCGUCGCCUACAUGUCCCCCGCUUAA